GACUGGAGAAAGUUACAGAGCAGUUGAUACCCCGAGGGAUAUGAAAAUGAGAGAGUGAAAUGUCCGCGCCAUUUCCAUGAAGAAUCUUUAAGCUGUCACCAAAUACUCUGUAAGGGGAAGGCAUAUAGUACAGGAGCAAAUCGCUCCGGGUGGGGGGCGCAAUUCCUGAGCAAGGCGUGUGACAGAAACCCAUCCGCUUCCCCGUAAACCCGGCAUUGGGCAAGGUGUACGUCACGUCACGCUGAUGUCAGUGCACAGACUCAGCCGGGGAUCGGCGAGUUCGAGAGCUCCGGCCAGUGUGUGGAUGUGCCUCCUCUGCGGAGCUUCCCUUCCCAGUGUUUCUGCGUGCACAGUGUUCUGCAGCGGGUAGACAGAAGUGAGUGUACUGGCAGUGAACACUGCAUCGUACGAGACAAGUUCUGAGCUCUAGUCAAAGAACAGCCCAAGCUGGAGACGAUGCUGAUCUCGCCACUGUGUCUUCUGGUGGUUGCUCUUCUUGCAGUGUCUGCUGCCGCAGCGCCAGCGGGUUGCUCUGUCACCCUCGACCCCCUUUACUUCAACCUCUGUGAUUUGUCGGCCGUCUGGGGGAUCGUGCUGCAGGCAAUAGCCAGUGCCGGCAUUCUGAGUUGCUUCGUGCUCGAGCUCGUAUUGGUAGCCAGCAUACCCUUCAUUCAAGACGGCAAGAAGAAAAGUGUGGUUGGCGUCCAGCUUUUUUUCAUCUUUGGCACCUUUGGGCUUUUCUGCCUGGAUUUUGAUUUCAUCGUCAGCGAGGACUUUGCAACCUGCGCCUCUAGAAGGUUCCUGUUUGGGGUACUUUUUGGCAUCUGUUUUUCAUGCUUGUUGGCACAUGCUUUCCGACUUAAUUUCCUUGUCAGGAAAAAUGAUGGUCCCAAAGCGUGGUAUGUCUUUCUGUUGGCUCUUUCUCUUGCCCUUGUGGAAGUGAUAAUUAACACUGAGUGGUUAAUAAUUACCAUUGUACGAAACAACAGCACCCACUCCGUGCCACUUGGAGAUCCUUGCAAUAUUGCUGAAAUGGACUUUGUCAUGGCUUUAAUUUAUAUCAUGUUCCUAAUCGUGGUCACCUUUGGCAUGGCUGUGGCCUCUCAAUGUGGUCAUUUCAAACACUGGAAGAAACAUGGCAUUUUUAUCCUAGUCACGAUUAGUUUCUCCAUCGCCAUUUGGAUUGCAUGGAUUGUGAUGUAUAUUUACGGGAAUGACAAAGUGGGAAGCCAGCGCUGGAAUAACCCGACCAUCUCCAUUGCAUUGGUUGCCAAUGCCUGGGUGUUUGUCUUUCUUUACAUCAUCCCCGAGAUCUGCCACCUGACCAAGGCUAGCAUGGAGCAGAAUUAUGUCGAGGAGGUCUAUCCUACAAGAGGCGUGGGCUAUGAGACCAUCUUGAAAGAGCAGCAAGCCCAGCACAUGUACAUAGAAAACAAGGCCUUCUCAAUGGAUGAACCCAACGCAGCAAACAAGUCCAAGUCUCCUUAUAGUGGCUACUCUGGUUACAAUGGGCAGCUGCACAACAGCGUUUAUCAACCGACUGAGAUGGCGCUAAUGAACAAGCCCAGUCCAUUGGAAAAUCCCUAUGAUCAUUACAUCCCGAGGGUCACCAUCAGUCAGUCGGCAUUUUCCAGUAAUGCUUCCACUCUCCGCGCCGAGGAUGCGUUUACAGAUGAGAAUCAUCAGACAGCCCAGCAAGAGGGCAGCAGUGGACAGACGUUUUAAAGUCUGCGCGCCUGGCCACAGAGAGAUCGGCAAAAAGUCAACUUGCGAUCUGGAAAAUCUGUGGUGAAAGGAGUCUCUCAGUUGACCCCUUGUGACAAGAACCAAACACUGAAGCUUCAGGCCUUUCCUGAUUACCUUUCUUUUAAUGCUGUACUGGCAACUAUUGGACAGAAUCUAACCUGAAGAUCAAGUUGAUUGGCUGAUGGGAACCCAUGAGCAGCAUGGCUUUGACUUCCCUUAAAAACUUAGUAAGUUAAUUCCCAUAGAUUGACAAGUGGAUGGAACUUUUGCUGUGUGUUCCCUCUUCAAGACACUAUAUGGAUUCAGUUCGGGGAGCUUCCAAAUCCAACCUACCUGUCAAUAGAACACCAGCAUCUCCACUGGGAGCUCAUUUAGUAGACUACUUGAUUCUGAAACAAUGUGUGCUCAAGUCUCACUCCAGACUCUAGUCUGACACUCUGUGGAAAGCUUCACCAUCUGUGAGUUGCUGAGACUUUCUGACUCGUUUAACUUCUCAAGUGCUGUGAAGUAUCUCAAGGCACUGUCUCAGAGAAGAACAUGAGAGCGACUUCUGGGUGCUCCGCCCAAUUCCUCAAUCAGAGCACCUGGAAAAGCUGGUCACCUGAUCAACAAUGGUGGGAGCUUGCUGUGCCCAGUGUUUUAUACCUUACUACACUCCAAAGGAUAAUUGUUGGCUGUAGAACACUUUGGAUUCUGUUGGGGCUUUUAAGAAGGUGCUAUAUAGAUGUACAUCUUUCUUGCAUUUCCUGGUUUCUUUCAUUUCGGUUUCAUAACUGUGCAACUCGCUACAUCAUGACACUGGCCAGCAGGAGACUGUGUGGUUUGAGAAGGAAUUCCAACUCUUGGGGGUUUCUGUGAGCAGGGAUAAUAAAUGUGUCCUCCAAAAAAUGUUCAAGUGAAGUGAAGGGCAUUGGCCAAGAGGGUGACUUUUACUUGCCAGGCACUACACCUUGUCUAUUUGCUGAAGGCAGCAAUUCAUUAUGCCCUCCAGCUGGGUAACAGUGUGAAGAUAUUCAACCAAAGAGCACUGGAAAAGCAUUGCAAGCGACUAAACCAGUUAAACCUAAAUCGGCAAUGGGAAGCACAAAGGCUGGAUACACACAAUUUGUUUGGUAUCUUAAAAAGAUUAUGAUAAGCUACUUUAUCAGAAUGUACUGUAGCAGGUUAAGAGUUCUCUCACAUUGCUUACAAGAUAAAAUGAUGUAUACUGAGUCAUCCUAAAGAUACUGGCCAAGGGGCAUUUUUUUUGGAACAUCGCACAUGUUGUAAAGUGUCAUAUGAGUGGGAGGUUGAUCUGUGUUGAAGUCAUGUUGGUAUGCUGCACCUUUGAGCAAGUACACGAUUUGAUACCUUUUACAGGUGGGACUAAAGCACAACCAUUCACAAUAUCUAAAUAUACUGUUGCACAAUGAGUUGAAAUCAAAAUUAAUCCAUGUUCCUUUUUCCAGAGUGUUUACUGGAAAAGGCAACAUUUAAUUCUGUUGGCAAAAAAAAGACAAAGCAUCUUUCCAUUACAGGGACGAAUGUUGAUCUAGUGAACCAAGCCACAUAUAAGGUCUGCCUACAACUGCUGGGCCUGCAGAAUCUAAAAUCUCAUUAAAGGCUGUAAUUAUGGUGUUCCUUGAAGCUAUUUUUCUCCCCACCUGUACAGUAAAUUGCUAAGCUUUGUACCCCUGUUGUGAAGAGAUUACAAAGGGUUGUUCUGUGUUUUUUUUUUGGCUCCCUCAAUGCAUGUGUUUGCAACAGGCCGGAGAGGGUAACCUGUGACUUGGGUUCCUCUCGAGUUGGCCGCUGGCUCGUAGAUGCAUGAGCUACAUUUUUACGCAGAUGCGUUUCAGAAUAUCCUAACACCAGCCUUGGAUGGACCAGAUGUCUGUCUUUGGCCCUCCUGGGUUUGUGAUCAGAGCACAAUGGGGUUUACUCAUGAAUUACUGAAGUGUGGCUGUGAAACCCGACACCUCCGGCCUUGUGUUCAGAUUAUUAGCCAUGUCUAGGUUUCAGUCUCACCACCUGCUUGAGUAGAGAUAAAUAAGAGCAUGGAAUGUAAAAUAUAGAAUAGAGCACAGUACAGGCCCUUCAGCCCGCUAUGUUGUGCUGACCUUUUAACCUACUCUAGGAUCAGCCCUUCCCUCUUGCUCAGCCCUCUAUUUUUCCAUGUGCCUAUCUGAGAAUCUCUUAAAUGUCCUUAAUGUAUGUACAACCACCCCUGGCUGGGGGUGGGGGCAUGCACCCACAAUUCUGCUUUUUUUUAAAAAAAAAACAACUUGCAUCUGACAUCCUCUCCCUAUAUUUUCCUCCAAUCACCUUAAAAUUAUGUCUUUGGAUGUCCACUCAAUCUUUUCUUUAAGUCUCUGGAUGUCCAAUGGAUCCAAGCAUCUGGUUUUGCCCUAAAGAGCUGUCUUCCAUGUAGAGGACUGUUGGCAUGGAAGUGUUAUUGGACUCUUAAAUAAUUCUCUGUUGGUGAUUGACCCUUUACCAUUGAAUCCUCCACGGUAUUAUCAUUUUUUUGGUUCAUUAUCACAUCAAGGAAAGCAAUAGAGCAUUCAUUAAUUUUAGAAAUUGCUGCUCUUAUGUCACUGUCAAUCCUAUAAAAUGUCUAACGUAUUUUCAUCUCCAUGUGUAAUUGCUGUUCAGAUUGUUUAACAUUUAUCAGACUUUAUCUAAACUCUUUAUUCUGGAACCCAAAUGUUGAUCGUCAGCCUGCCAAAGUGACUGUUCUGUCAGUUUAUGGUCUUGCCUCCCUGACCUACUCAGGAGUGUACGUUUGGCCUCCAUUUUCCGAGCACCGCAAUGAUCUUCCGACCAGGCAACCUUUCACUCGGGUCUCUAGCAGAAAGUUAGUACCUGGUGAUUGACCACGUACGUCAAGAGGAUAAUUGUCCUACC